AUGAGAAAUAAUAUAGAAAUGAAUGAAAAUAAUAUUUUUAUGAAUCCAUUCAUUCUUGAAAAAAAUAAUAUAAACUCAGGUGUUUUUUUAAAUAAAGAAUCAAUUAUUGCAAAAAAAAAUAUCUCCAAUUAUCAGCUUAAUAAUUUAAAUACAGUUGAAUUGGGUAAUUGUAAAAGUUAUAAUUUAAAUUCCUACUUAAAAAAUGUGAAUAAUGUAAAUAAUAAUAACAUUAAAUUAAGUCCACUGUCAAUUCCAGGUAAUAUAAAUAUGAAACAACAUAACAAUAACUUAAAUACUUUUGCACAAAAUGAAUAUAAUAAUAUGAACAUAAUAAAUGGUAUCCCUAAAUUUUUUUGUUUAAAUAGUACCCCUAAAGGCUUAAAUAAUGAGACAAAUGUUAAUUCAGGAACCAACAAAUUUACAGAAAAUUUUAUUUUGAAUAAUGAUAUUAGAAAUGCAUAUAUGUAUAACUUUCAUGAAGAAGAUAAACAUAAAAAUUAUAUAUAUUUAAAUAAUUAUAAUAAUAAAAAUAAACCUAUAAAUAAUUCUCUUUUUUUUCAAACCAUUCCUUACAAUAAAAGUAAUAAUAUGACAUAUAAAAUACAUCCAAAUGACAAUAUUCCUCUGAAUACAAAUUUCAAUCUUUUAAAAAAAAAUAAUGAACAAUAUGAAUAUAAAUAUAACAUUAAUGAUAUACAUAAAGAAUCUCAUGAAAAAAUUAUUAAUAAAAAUAUUAUUGAAGGUGUAAAAAAAAAAGAUGGUGAAUAUAAUAAUGAAUUAAAAAAUUAUACUACUAUUGAAAAUGAAAACAAUGCUUGUUCUCUUAGAGAAGCUAACCAAAUCCCGUUAAUUUCAGACAUAAAUCAGAAAAAAAUUUUAGAACCAAAUAUAAAUGUAAAUAAUAUUGAAAAAGGGGGACACACAAAAACAAUUAGUGACACUCGUUUAAAUAAAACAUCUGAAUAUUAUUAUAAAAAGGUAAGCAUUCAAAAUUUAAACAAUACAAAUCAUAUAGAUGAAUUAAAUUUAAAUGAAAAAAAGGAGGCAUUAAAUCCUUUCGACUAUGAAAUAUUAAAUUUGCAUAAUAACAAAGGCACAUAUGUUAAUGAAUGUAGGUGUGAAAACGUAAAAGAUAACAAUUUCCUCAAAGAUAAUGAAAUAUUAAAUAAUAAUUCUAUUAUCUCGAGUAAUAAAUAUCACUAUAUUAAUAAGAAUAAUGAAAGUUUUAAUGAUUUUGUAGAAAUGCAAAACAAUAAAAUAGAACCAGUUAUUCAAGAAAAUGAUUUUAUUUCAAAACAGAAUUUUAAAUUUAACAAAAUAAGCAAGGAUGUAGACCAUAAUUUAUUUAAAAAUAUGAAAGAAAAUAGUUCUUUUAGGAUAAAUGCUGCUUUAAAAAAUGAAAAGGAAAGUUAUGAAAAAAAGGAAAUAUGUUAUAAUGAUGAAGAAUCCAACUGCAUGAAAGUUAAAGAUAGAACAUAUGUAGGUGAAAAAGUAAUAAGUGAUCAAGAAAAUAACAUAACAAAUAUACAUAAGAAUGAAAAAAACUAUAAAAAAACUGAAGAGGAAGAGUCUCAUGAAAUUUAUUAUAAGAAAAACAUGAUAAAUAAUAUAUCAGAAUUUAAUGAGAUGUAUAUAUCUGAUACAAACAAUAAUAUGAAAGAAUGUGAAGAAAACAAUGAAAAAACAAAUGAGACAAGUAGUAUGGAAAACUAUGAUUUCACUAAAUGGAGAUCUCAUAAUAAAUUAAUGAAAAAUAUCAUUUCUUCAUAUAAUGAAAAUAUUGAUAUGGAGAAUCAUGGUUUAUUUAAUUUAUUAUUUGAUAUUUAUGGUUAUAAUAAAGAUAUUUUUAAAAAUUAUUUAUUAAAUAAUGAUGAUAAUUUAAUAAAUGAGGUAAUGAAAAAUAUAAUUUAUGAAUUAUCUGAAGAAAAAAAUAAUAAAAUAAUUGAAAAAUUAAUAUUUUUAAAAUAUUUAUUUAAUGAAUAUGGCCAUACAGAACAUCCUAAUUUAAUUUCAUUAAAAAGCUUUAAAUUAAUUUUUAAAAAUUAUAAAGAUAUAUUUUCUUCAGAAAAAAUUGUUUUAUUUAUGUUUAACUGUUUAGAUAGAGGAAAGAGGUAUCAUAUAACUGAAACAGAUUUUAUCAUAGGUAUGUUAGCAUGUAGUCCUCAAAUGGAUAAUAAUAUAGAAAAUGAUACAGGAAAAUUAAGACAUCAAUUAAUAUUUCGUGCUUAUGAUUUAGAUAGAGAUGGAUAUUUAAGUGAUAAUGAAUUACUUGUAUUUUUAUAUCAUAUUUAUGAAUUAUCUAAAAAUUUUAAAAUUGUAAAACUAAAGGAAAAUAAGAAAAAAUUAAAAGAAUAUGUUAUCAAUGAAAAAAAUAGAAUCAUGAAAUAUUGCAAUAAAAUAAGUUAUGAUUAUUUUUACGAUUUAAUAUUAAACAAAGAAAUUGAAGGAACAAGUAAUUUAUUUAGAUCAAAUCAAGACAUGGCUGAUAUUGUAAAGAAAUAUUUUCUCUACACAUAUGCAAGAAAUAUAAACACUGAAAAGUAUAUAAAUAAUGAUAAAUUUUUUUUUAUUACCACUAGAAAAGGAAAAAAUUUAGAAGAUGAUAUUAAAGAUUUGAAUGAAGAUAAAAUUGAAAGUUAUAAUGACAAUAAAGAAAGUUUUUUUAAUAAAAAUAUUAAUAGCUCUUUAUCUCAAAACAAUAAUUGCAUUGAUGAAAAUAACAUUUUACUUAAUAAUCCAUGUGAAGUAUCUAAAAACAUAGGUAUAGAAAAUGUAGAUAAUAGUAUAUCGGGAGAAAAUAAAAAUAUAGAUUAUAAGAAUAAUGAAAAAUUAAAUAUAAAUAAUUAUAAUAUUAAUAUUUGUGAUAAAAAUGAAAAUAAUAAUUUAAUAACAAAUAAAAUCUCACAUGAGGAUACCUUAUUAAAUGAACAGGAUAUACCAAAAGAAAAUAAUAUUAACAAAAAUAAUAAUAAUAAUAAUAUUAAUAAUAAUAAUAAUAAUAUAUCUAGCAUUAAUAUUUGUGAAAAUAUAAAUUGUCAACACAUUUCAAAUAAUACAGAUAUAUAUUCAAAUGAUGAGAAUAUCAAAAGAGAAAAAAUGGAUUUAAAUAAUAAUGAGGAAGACCUAAAGAAAAAUUUUAAUGAUAUCAAUAAUGACGAUAUGGAUAACAAUAAUUAUAAUACUAUAAUAUCUAAAAGUAAAAAUGAUGAUAAAUAUAAAAAUGUUGAAAUAAUAGAAAAUGAAAAUAGUAAUUACUCACAUAAUAAUAGUUAUUAUGAAAAUAAUUAUCAGAGAAAUUUAAGUAGCUACAAUAGUAAUAAAGAUACUAAUUGUAUAUCUGCUAUAGAUAAUGUUGAAAAUGUUGAUAUUAAUAUAAAUAAUAAUGAAGAAAAUAAUGAAGUUAUUAAUAAAAAAACUGUUUUUGUGAGAAAUUCAUCACAUGCAAUAUCAGAAAAUAAUAUAAGAGAACGAUUAAUUAUAGAAAAUAUGAAUGAUGGAAGUUUUUAUUUUAAUAAAGAUUUAAACAAUAGCAUAUCAAAAGAAAAUGAACCAUCAAAUUUAAAAGGAAAUCAUGAAAAUGAGAAAAAUGUACAUCUGUAUAAUACGAGUAAAAAUAAAAACAAUUAUAAUAAUAAUGAAAGUAAUGAAAAAAAUUUUAAUUCAACCUCUGAUUUCGAAUUAAUACAAGACAAUACAAACUUAAAUGAUAGAAAUAUUCUUAAUGAAUCGUUAAAAAAUAAUUAUAACAAUAAUUCUUAUGGAGAUAGUAGUAACAAUAAUAAUAGAUGCAUUAAUAAUAAUAAGAAUAAUUCACUUAAAGAAGAUUCCUUAGGGAAUUAUAAUGAAGAAAUCAAACAAUAUGCAUCAAAAAAAAUAAGUAAUAAUUUAAGUAAAAAUAUAAGAAAAGAAAAUGAUAAUGAACAUUAUUCCAUGAAUGUGAAAAGUAGAGAUAAUAUAAAAGACAUGAAUUUUUUAGAAAAUGAAAAUGAUUUAAGUAGUACUAUAAAUAUAAAAUCUCACUGCAAUAUAUCAUUAUAUGAGGAAUUAAAAAAUAGUGAUUUAUAUAAAGAGAAAAAUGAAAAUGAAAAUUCUUGUUUUAAUGAAAAUGAAAAAAACUCUACAAAUGAUAUUAAUAGUUAUAUAUAUAAAAAGAAUGAAGAAAUUUUAAAAAAUAGUAAUGAAAAAAAAUAUAUUUCCAAUGAUAAUGAAGAUAUAAUGCAUAUAGAAAAGGAAAAGGAUAAAUUACAUGACGUUAAUAAUUUGUGUGAAAAUAUUUUAGCAUAUAAAAAAGAUAAUAUUGAUAAUGUUUGUAAACAAGUUAUUAGCAAUCAUGAGGAUGGAAAAUGUAAUGAAAAUUAUCACAGAAAUGUAAAUGAUGAUAAAUAUAGAAAUAGAUUAAGGUGUGAUAGAAAUGAAAGUAAUAAUGUGAAUAAAAUAAUAAAUAACAAUAAAUUAAAUAAUAUUAAUAAGUUAAAUUGUAAUUAUAUAAAUAAUAAAGAUAUGAAAAAUGAAAAAAUACGAAUAAAUGAAACCCAAAAAAUUAAAAAUAGUAAUGAAUAUUUACCUCACUUUGGGGAAAAAGAUGAAUUAGAUAAAUGUUUUAACAGGGAAUUUUAUGAUGAAAAUAAUUUAGAUGAUAGAAUUGAUCAUUUAAGAGAAAUUGUUAAAUUUUAUCGUCAAAAAUACAUAGAUGAUCAUAGAUUAAAUACCUUAAAUCAAGAUAUUGCUUAUAAAAUAUUUACAAUUUUUUAUAAAGUAUGUUAUAGAAAAAAAAGAGAUAAUUAUAGCUCAUAUUUCCAUAUGUUUCGAUUAUGUUCAUAUAAUGAUAUUCUUCUUUUAUGUGAUGAAGUAGCAAAAUUAUUUAAGUUAGAAAAUUCAUUAGAAAAUGUUAAACUUCCAUGUAAAGUUUUUGGUGAUAUUCAUGGUAAUUUAUUUGAUAUAAUGGAUUUUUUUAAUUUGUAUAAUUGGCCUAUGCAUAAUUCAAUGAAUGAAUUAAUUUCUAUAAAUGAUUUAAUAAAUUUUGAAAAUAUGAAUUACAAUAAAAUGAAUGAAAAUUAUAGUUGUGAGAAAAUAAGAGAUGAAAAUGAAGAAAUAUAUAACGAAAAUGAUGUAAAAUAUGUAUUUUUAGGAAAUUAUGUGAAUAGAGGAGAUUAUUCUUUAGAGGUAAUUUGUUUUUUGUUUAGUUUAAAAAUACUUUUUCCAAAACACAUAUAUUUAUUAAGAGGAAAUCAUGAAGAUAGAUUAUUUAAUUAUAUAUAUGGUUUUUAUAAGGAUAUUGAAGUAAAAAUGAAGAUGAAUAUAGAAACAAUGGGACUAAUUAAUUAUCAAAAUGAAGUGAUAGUUGCACAUUCUUAUGAAUUAUUUAAUAGAAUUAAUGAUGCUUUAGAAUUUUUGCCACUUUCCGCUCUAUUAGAUAAAAAUAUUUUGUGUAUACAUGGAGGUAUAGGGGAUAGUGUUCAUCAUAUUUCUGAUUAUAUGAAUAUACAUAAGCCAAUUUUAAUUCCUCAAUAUGUUGAUCGAAAUAAUAAUAAUAUAAGUGAAAAUACUAAAAAAAUAAUUAUAGAUACUUUAUGGUCAGACCCCAUUAAUUAUAAUGAUGAACAAGACUUGUUUUUAAUUAAAAAUUCACUUCAUUAUGAUAUAAUUCCAUCGAAUAGAGGAAAAAUAACAUUUAAAUUUGGUAAAUAUAGAUUGUAUAAUUUUUUAAAAAAUAAUAAACUAAAAAUGAUUAUAAGAGGCCAUGAAUGUGUUCAUGAAGGAUAUAAAUAUACAUUUAAAAAAAAAUUACUAACACUAUUUUCAGCUAGAAAUUAUUGUAAAAAAUACAAAAAUAAUGCGUCUAAUGCAUUUAUUAUAAAAAAAGGUAAAAAUAUUAUUAUAUUUAAUCAAAUAUUAAAAUCUGAUAAAAUUUAUGAUAUACAAAUAAAGGAUAUGAAUAAUCAUAUGAAUGAUAACUUUCAAAAAAAUAUUUUUUCUACCAAUCAAAAUAAUCAAAUGAAAAAUUCAGAAAAUUUCAAAAAUACUUAUCAGAAUGAAUCAAAUAUAUAUGGUAAUAAUGUAUCAAAAAGUCAAGGAGGUAAAUUUCAUAGUUUGAAAAAUAAUUUUAUUACUAAUAAUAUAAGAAAUGAUGAUAAAGAUAAUAGUAUAAGUGAUGAGAAUAUUAUAAAUGAUAAUAAUAAUGAUAUUCAUAAUAAUAAUAUGAAUUAUGAUAUUUGUGAUAACCAUGAUAAUAGUGAUAAUGAAAAAUACAAUAAUAAUAAUAAUAAUAAUAAUAAUAAUAAUAAUAAUAAUAAUAAUAAUAAUAAUAAUAAUAAUAAUAAUAAUGCAAUUAACAACAAAAUUGGAGAUAAUAGUAACAAUAGUGAGAACCUUUAUAAUUAUUUAAUUAAUGAUAUUAAAACAAAAGAUAUUCAAGUAGAACGAACCAAUAUAUUAAAUAUGAGUAACCAUAUGAAUAAUUUGAAUUUUUCUAACAUCAGUAGAAAUUAUUUACCAAAUUAUAAUUAUAGGAAACAUAGCAUAACUAAUUAUAAAAAUAUUAAAAAGGAUUUUAUAAAUUAUGAUAAUAAAUUAUAUAAUCCUUCCUCUAACAAAAUAAAUAAAAGUAUUAAAAAAAAAUUAAGAGAAGUAAAAAAUAAUCAAAAUUUUCCUUCAAAUAAAAUUAAAAGAGAUAACAACAUAAACAAAAAUAUAAAUAAUUUAUUUAAUUACAUUGGUAAUGAUGAAAAAAAAAAAAAAAAAAACAUUAACUGUAAUAAAGAGGAAAUAAGUGAAUAUACUGAGAAUAAUUAUAAUAGUAAUUGCAAUCAUAAAAUUAAUAGUGAUAUGAAUAAUUGCAUUAAUAAUAAUAAUAAUAAUUCAAUAAAUUUCAGUAUUAAUAAUACUAUACCUUAUGAUAAUGUAAAUAUAAAAAGAAAAAUCUUAAAUUCUAUUGAUACUGAAUAUAUAAAUCAAGACGAUGAAAAAUUUAUUAAAAAUUUAAUGAAUAGCAAAAUUAACGACCAACCCUAUAACUCUGAAAAAAACUUAAGCAACAUAUCUAGUGAUGAGAUUAAAUUAAACAAAAAUAUAAAUACAGAUGCCAUUAUAGAUGAGUUUUUUAAAAAUGAUAUUUAUGACGAAAAAAAUAAAUCUAAUCACAAUAAUUCAAAUGAAGGUACUAAAUUUCAAAAAAAUAGAGACAAUGAUAAUUUAAACAAAAUUUUUUAUUCAAAAUUAACAUCAAUAAAUAAAGAAAUUAGUAAUGUAGUGCAUAAUGAUAAUCCUAGUGUUCAAAUAAAAAAUAUAAAUGAUAUUAGCAUAAAUGAUCAAUUAAUAAAAAAAUCUUUAGGUUAUAUGAUGCCACCAGAUUUAGGUAUAGGAAAUAGGAAAAAAUUUAAAAAAGAAACACAAUCUAAAGAAAAUAAGAGUGAGAAUAAUUCAGCUACUUUAAGGAGUUUAAAAAGCGAUAACUGUGUUAAUGAUCCAUUAAAUAAGUUACAUAUGCAAUAUUUACCUCCUGAUCCCAAACCUCAGACAAAAAUUUCAUUUCACAAAAGCAUGAAAAAUAAAGACAAUUAA